AUGGCCUGGCAUGAUGAGUACAUGCAAGCUAACCGGUCUGCUGCCGUCUCCUUUCAAGACCGAUCACAACCCAAGAAGCACUGGACUCCCCCAGUUGAUGGUUUCUUAAAGUUGAAUGUGGAUGGUUCCUUCCUGCCUUCAAUCCCGUAUGGUGGUACGGGGGGUGUAAUUAGAGACUCCCAUGGUCAGUUCAUUGCUGGCUUCUCUUGUAGAAUGGAGUUUGUUAGCUCCCCGUUACACAUUGAGUUACUUUCUUUGAAGAAUGGAUUAGAGCUGCUUCAGGCUAUGCAGAUCACACGAGCUAUAGUAGAGGUGACUCCUUACUUGCGGUGCAGGCUAUUACUCAACAGUUGGGGACCUCUCCCCUUUGAGUGCCUUGAUCACAGACCUCCAGUCUCUAUUAGCUGCAAGUACGGAAGUUGA